AAAGAACAAAACACGACACAAUGGCGAACCCAUUUUUAAUGGAUGAUGAUCUGGGCGACGGUGAUGUGGCUGCAAAUCCUUUUUUGAUGCAAUCAGAUACAUCCGAAGCCGAAGCUGAGAAUCCUUUUGCAGAGCAAACCUCCAAUCCAUUUGCUUUUGGCGAUGAAACUGAGGGAGAGAACGUGCCAAUCUCGGAUAUCGAUCCGGCCAUGAGUUUUUUCGGCACAACUAUAGAAGCAGAAGACGAUGCCCUCAGUAUUAAGUCAACAGCGGAGGAGGAAGAUGACGGCACAAAAAAGGGCCCGCCACCACGACCAGUGCCACCACUGACACAGGAGCUUAUCAACACGGUUUCGAAUCAAAUGGAAGAGGCCAGUUCAGAGCUACUUGGGCGUAUACCUGUCACUCGUUCACCUAGCCCUGUCUCUAUGCGUGAUCUGCACUCACCCAGCCCCACACCGGAUUCUGGCCUAGCCGAUUUGCUAGAUGUAUCCGACAGUGGGUCUUCGGCGAACACACAGGGCAUGGAUGUGGACUUAAUUGCUAGUAAUAGUGCGCACGAUAAUCCCUUUGGUGUGCCCACGGCCGUGCCUAAUAUACAAGGUGCCACGCCCAUGCCGUCACCAGCCAAGCAACAGCCACCGCGCCCUCCACCACCAAGGCCAGUGCCACCCAGGCCAACUCCACCAGCGCCUAUGGUAGGUCAUCAGCCCCCACAGCGUCCUCCGCCGCCUUCGCAGCCUGCUGUAGAGCCUGCGGCUGCGAAAGCAGAAGCGGACGAUCUAUUGGAUAUGUUCGGUACUGCAAAACCAGCCAAGCCACCACCGCCAAAGACCAAAGAAGACAUACUCAGCUUGUUUGAAAAGCCGACGCAGCCCGUUGUCAAACCAGACUUGCUCAACGAUGACUUGGUGCUGGAGGGCGCUACCGGCGAGACAACGCUGUCGGAGGAUGAAGAUGGCAACAAGCGGGAUGAUCCUAUUUUCACAUCCACUCUGACUAGACCAGAUGACAGUACACAUGAUAUAACGCUACAGCCGCAGCCAGCCACGCUGGCCAACAGAAAUAGCAUAAGUGCUCCACAGGACACGACGAAUAGACAGCGGGCACCAACACCCGAUAUUGAGAUCACAACGGUAGAGGAUUUGCCUCGAUCAGAUGAUGAGGAGGAACCAGAGCCAGCGCAAAAGCCUGCACCAUCUGAUGUUCCCGCGGUGGUUGUGGACACUGAACCCAACCCAGCACCAGAAGGGCAUGAGAAUGAGCCAGCGGAAUCGGAUCAGAGUCCACCAACAGAGUCGGCAGCAACAACGCAAGCUGCACACGAGUCCACCAGGGAGAUGGCUAGCGAUGAGCCCGAGCAGAUGGACACUGGCUUAGACUUUCCGGUUGCUACGAGCGGAAUGGCUAGCGGGCAGGCCUCGGCCAAUCCAUUCGCUAGCCCUGAAGAGGACGAGCCACCAUUUCCACCUGCCGCAACAACUUCCAACAUCUUUGGCGCAGACGAAGCAGAACCAUCGAUCAAUAUUUUUGCCAGCACAGCGGAAACUGUUGUGCCUUCGCCUGCAGCACCCAUCAACGUUUUCAGUGCUGAGCCCACGGCUGAACCGGCUGCCCCGACCUAUACAACAAAUAUCUUUGCCCCCGAGCCGGAUGAGUUCGAUGCGUUCUCUGCCAAGUUCGAUUCGGUAAAGAAGGAUAAUAUAAGCAUAUUGGACGGUUUCGGUGGAUCUGGCGCGAUAACGCCAACUGGUGGUGAUGCUUGGGGUGACAGCGCUUUUGGAGCGCCAGCACCGGUGGCAAAUGCCUUCGCUGAUACAGCGACAUCAGAUGGUUUUGGUAAUGAGGACGAUGACUUUUACUCGAUGCAGGCACCAGUGCGAUCCGAAUCUGUUGAAUCGGUGGAGAAGGAAUUUAGUGUAGUUAUCCGACCCAAGGGUGAUGGAGCACAGGGUGUUGCUCCUCAGCUGGUUCCACCACCGCCACCAGCACGUUCGGCUCCAGCCCAAAACUCUGGUGACAUUUCACCUGCGGUCAACCCAUUCGAAGAUACUGGAUUCCCAGCACCGCCGGUGUCAUCUGAGCCCGCAAUGAAACGCACAGACUCGCAGGAUACACCGCAAACACCACUCUACGACGAGGACGUGUCGCAGCCACUGGAAGAAUUCCCACGGCUGCAUUACGUAGGUCCCGGCUGGGAAAUGCAACUUCGGCAGCCCAAUAAGAAAAAGAUCACCGGUCAGCGCUUUUGGAAGAAGAUAUUCGUACGUCUGGUCAUACAGAACGAUGUGCCCGUAGUACAGCUGCUUAAUCAGGCCAGCGACAAGCAGCCAUUCCAAGAGCUGCCGCUGCAACCCUCCUAUUCGGUGUCCGAGAUUGGAGCCCAACAGUACGAUCAGUUUGGAAAAAUCUUCACAAUGAAAUUGCAGUACAUAUUUUACAAAGAGCGGCCGGGCGUACGACCAGGCCAGGUAACUAAGGCGGAACGCAUUACCAACAAGCUGACCAAGUUCGCACAAUAUGCGAUUGCUGGCGACUACGAGGGUGUCAAGGAGUUUGGCAGCGAUCUGAAGAAGCUGGGCUUACCCGUGGAGCAUGCACCGCAAUCAUCGCAGCUCUUCAAGAUUGGUUCGAUGAACUACGAGGACAUGAAGCAGUUUUCGGUGUGCAUUGAGGAGGCACUCUUCCGUUUGCCAGCACUGCGUGAACGUGCGCUUACCUACAAAAUGGAGGAGGUGCAGGUGACUGCUGUCGACGAGAUAAUUGUGGAGCAGGACUUUGAGGGCAAGAUACUUAAGCAAAUUGCGCGUGUGCGCCUCUUCUUUUUGGCCUUCCUCACGGGUAUGCCGACCAUUGAGCUUGGUGUAAACGAUAUGUGGCGGCAGGGAAAGGAGGUGGUUGGUCGUCACGAUAUCAUACCCGUGGCUACCGAAGAGUGGAUUCGCCUCGAACUGGUCGAGUUCCACAGCGUGGUUAAUCAGGACGAGUACGAGCGUACACGCACCAUCAAGUUUCAGCCGCCAGAUGCCAAUUAUAUUGAAUUGCUGCGCUUCCGUGUACGUCCGCCCAAGAAUCGUGAACUUCCCCUGCAGCUCAAGGCCACCUGGUGCGUCACUGGAAACAAAGUAGAGCUGCGAGCUGACAUUUUGGUUCCGGGCUUCACGUCGCGCAAACUAGGUCAGAUACCGUGCGAAGAUGUGUCUGUGCGUUUCCCAAUACCCGAGUGUUGGAUUUACUUGUUCCGCGUGGAGAAACACUUUAGAUAUGGCUCUGUAAAGUCCGCACAUCGACGCACUGGAAAAAUAAAGGGCAUAGAGCGAAUUCUCGGAGCUGUGGAUACGCUGCAAGAGUCUCUAAUCGAAGUCACCUCAGGCCAGGCAAAGUACGAGCAUCAUCAUCGAGCCAUUGUCUGGCGCUGUCCCCGUUUGCCCAAGGAAGGUCAAGGCGCGUACACCACACAUCAGUUGGUCUGCCGCAUGGCGCUUACCUCGUACGACCAAAUCCCGAGCGAACUGGCGCCAUACGCUUUCGUGGAAUUCACAAUGCCCGCCACGCAGGUCUCGCAUACCACCGUGCGCUCGGUCAGUGUGCAGGACUCAGAUGCAGACGAACCACCCGAGAAGUAUGUGCGCUAUCUGGCACGACACGAGUACAAGGUUGGCAUCGAGACCACGCACGGCGAAUCCACGAAUGCGUAUUUGGCGGCAACACGUCCCAUCCGCGAGGAGCCAACCACCAACAGCGGAAGCAAACCGACCGCAUCGCCAGUGCCACCAAGUGAUUCCGAUUCAGACUCCAACUAAGCCACGAGCCCCCGAUUGCUGAAUAGAGAUACAUACAUAUACACGUAUACGUCUGAUAGUACUUAUGUAUAUAUGUGUGUGUAGAUGUCGUCAGGCAUGGUUGAGGGUCCGGACAGCAGCUGAGGCGAAUGUAAACUUGGCUUUCUGGUUCUUACAAUUCUUGUUAUAUGUAUUUACCGAUUAUUCAUGCGCAUCAGUUUCUUCGUUAUACACACACACACACACACAGACACAAGCAAACACACUACACUGACGCAUUGAUUGCUCCAUUGACGCAGGAAGAUUUUCAUGUUUAGUACACAUUAGUCGACAAUAAGGAUAACAGGCCGUUGAGGGCGUAUUGUAAAAAGCCAUGGCUUAUUCAAGAAUUGUGAAACAUCAGAGUUUGUCACACAGUUGGUAUGAAGUAUACAUAGAUCUACAUAUAUAUGCAUAAAUAAACAUAUACAUACAUACAUAAAUGCAUGCUAUUUACACAGUUAACUGUUUCGUUUAAGUUUGAUUUAGUCAGUCACAUGCAUAGGUAUAUAUGCUUAUAUAUUUGUAUUUUAUGUAUUGUAUAAUCACGAUUCACAACCAAACCCAAUCCAACCAAAUGCAACUAAAAGCCCACUUUGGAAGUGGGGGGUGGUGGUGGUGGUGUUGGUGGUGGUGCUGAAGGUGGUGGCAGGAGUUAAAGCGACCAAAUGAGCGAUGGACCGAAUAUACAAGUAUGUGUGCAACGUCUGUGCGAGUACGUAGAAAAAGCAAAGUUAGGCAAUGAUUAAGUAACACAUUCAUAUACAUAUGUACACCUACUUACCUAUACACAUAAGAGCGUUCAUUAUUAUAUAGCAUAUUUAUAUAUACAUACAUCUAUAUAUAUAUAUAUAUAGUACAUACUAUACUCGUACCAAAACUGAUGUUACGUUAAGUGCAAUCAUUGGCAAAAGCUAUGGUAAGAGUAGAAACAAAGACAACAAACGAAAUGAAAAGCAAUUUCGCAAAACAUCGUUCAGGAAAUCACAAACAUAUGUUCAUAUGUACAUACAUAUAUACAGAUGUACAUAUGUACUUGUAAGUGAUGUUAAGUGAUGCAAGUGAGGUGAAGUGUUCCCAGAACAGAAGGCAAUUGUCGGUGGCUACACACACACAGACACACAAACACACAACACACAUAAACAUAAACUUUAGCUAAUUAUAAGCCACAAUCGAUUCAUCAACAGGCCAACGCACACAAAAACUCAAUCAUACACAUAGUAUAUACAUACAUAGAUACAUACACACAUGCAUACAUACAUGUAUGAAUGCCCUGCCUAAAUAUACAUAUGUACUAUAAAACUGUUAUGUUUCAGGUAUAUUGCAAUUUCUUGGUAUUGGAUUCAAAACGUUUGGAAUACAAAAUUAAUGAAAUAAAAUUUUAAAAAAACAGUCCUCACUUUUCUCCCUAAAGCUCACACUUCAAAUUUAAAAUGCACCAACAAAUUUAGAUGAUAUUUAUAAAGAUGUUGAACGAAAUAAUAAAAGUUUAAAAACAAUUUUGUUAUGCCCGCAAACACCACAAUUUUAAAGUCAAAUAAAAGAGCGCUCAUUCAGAGAAGGCGGGGAUUAAAAUCCACAUACUGUUUUUUUUUUUUUUUUAGUCUUUAAAAUUGUGGUUUCUAAUGGAAAUUUUACAAUUUCUGAUUUGCGGCUUGCACUGACUAUCGAAAAUUUUCGAUUUUUUUUUUUUUAUUGCGAACUGAAAUGGUGAAAAGUGGGAACAGAACUUUGUUUUUGUUUAAUUGCUUUUGUAAAUCUAUACCUUUGAAUCAAAUACGAAGAAUAGGUAUAACAAAAGGACUAUAAACUAUCAGAAACAUUUAAAUAUACUUGCUCUGAAAAUAGAUGAAAGAGACAUAAAGCUUAUAUAGAACCAAAACCUUUUAAAAUCAGCAGCUGCAGAGUAAGUCUUAGGCAUAUGCAAUUCAGAAUCAGAAUUAUAGGCGGAAUUUUAUCAUAUCGUACUCAAAAGUCCUCUCACAUGAGAACUGCGGCUCAGUGUUGCGAAAAAGCUACAUACUCGAACUUACAACAAAUAAACAAACUACUUAACGCCUACCUAAAUGGGUUAAUCGAAAAACUAAUCACAGCAUACACGGAAUAAUUGUUAUCAUAACCUAGAGUCAUCAAUAAACUAAAAUAAGCUUUACAAUCUUGAUUUAAACUAUAUGAUUGAUAAAUUAAAUUGUAAUUCAAACUUCAAGCAAACGGAAAUGCAUAUUCAAGUGUUAUUGUUGUGAAUCAAAGUAAAUUAUAUUCAAAAACAAAAUAAAUAAUGAAAAACUUAUUAAAUAAAUAAAACUAAACGUAUAGAGAAGCAUCAGCGAUGAGCAAUGUUAAUGUCACUGGCAUCAUUUUUGUUGAAAAAUAUAUAAAUAUAUAUAUUUGUGCAAGAAAAUAAGAAGAAGAAGAAGAACAAAAAAUUAACUAAAUAUGGCUAAAUACCGAACAAUUAAAUAAACAUACCUAUAUAAAUACGCGCCUAUACAUAAAUACUUACUUAUAUUUAAACAAAUGAGUUGAAUAGCAAGAAUGCAUAAUAGAUUUGUUAAUUUAGUGUUAAUUCGACUGCGUUCAUUUUGCCCCAAUAAAUUACUAUGGUACCUACAUACAUACAUAUGUACUCGUAUAUACAUAUAUAUGAUUCAACUUUCUUUUUCUCUUUUUCACUCUCUACUUCGCCACGCCGCUCCUAUUCAUUUCAAAUACGACUCAGAAACACAGAAACACACUUCCGUGCAUUCUUAUAUAGUACAUACUAACAUACAUACAUACAUACAUACUAUACAUAAAUCGCAUGGCAGAGCCCCUAUAGCUGCUUCAUGACACACUAUUUUGAAAUGACUUUCAAUCGAUAUACAUGCCUACAUACACGAUUAAAAAAAAAAAACAUAUUACAUACACAUAUAUAUACACAUAUAUACGUAUAAUAUAUAAAUACUUAUAUACGAAAGCAAGCCCCUAUAUGUAUAUUGUAAACCCUUAAGUAUUUAUUAAAAGAGAGGAGUCUUGCAUUUAGGUGAUGUGUGUGUGUGGGAAAAAUAGCAAUAAAUGCAAACUCCACUCAGUUAUAUGUUACUUUAUUUACCUAUAAACCUACAUACCUAUAUAAUAUAUGUAUGUAUGUACAAUAAAGUGCAAGAAAAAAUCCUGACAAUUUUCACAUGUUAUAUAUUAUAUAUACUAUAUGUACGAGUAAAUGAAUUCAUCAAAACAAAUAUAUUAACUGCAUGUAGGUUAAUUUAUACAUACAUAUAUACAUAUGUACAUACAUAUGUGUGUAUAUAUACAUGCAUAUGUAUGUAUAUGCAGUUAAGCGAACGGCAUUAUCUGAAGAAUAAAUUCGAUAUAAUGAUUAUUAUGAAACGGAAACGCAU